AUGCGUCUCCCAUACGUCCCAGACCCCCCACCAACCACAACCUCAGACGAAGCAAGAAUCCUAUCCGCCGUCCAAGCUCGCCGUGCCCCUAACCCCCUCCUCCCACUAGACCUCGCCCUCCUACACUCCUACCCCGUAACAGAAGGCUGGAACUCAUUCAUCGGCGCAAUUCGUACCAAAACAACUCUCUCAACAGUUAUUCGGGAACUGGCAAUCUGUCGCGUGGCAGUUGUGAAUGGUGCGCUGUUCGAAUGGGAACAACAUGCCCCGCUAUUGCGGGAGGGUGGAUUACCUGAGGAAGCGAUGAAGUUUAUUGGUGAUAAGGAGGCCAGCUUUGAUGAUGGAAAUGGUGACUGGCGGGGUUUGUUGAGUUUGGAUCAGAGAGCUGUGCUGAGGUAUACGGAUUCUAUGACGACGACUGUGAAAGUGCCUGAUGAGGUGUUUGGGGGGUUGAAGGAGUGCUUUUCUGAGCGGGAGGUCGUGGAGAUUACGGCGACUGUUGCGGCUUAUAAUUGUGUUAGUCGGUUUUUGGUUGCGUUGGAUGUUGGGGAGAAGAAUCAUUUGCAUUAG